CGCGUCAUAUCUGCCUCCUGUAUAUAUGCAUUGCAAAUCCUCUAGGUACAUACUCGUCGUAGAUACCUGUAACACACUGUAUCUGUGAUGAGCCACUCCACAUCUAGCCAGAAUCUGGAAUCUUCGAAAUGUGCUUACAUGGAACUUGCAUUGUUGCUCGCCUUGUCUGGUCUUGACGGACUCAUCGACAGCUGCUUUGGGCCAAGUCUACAUGACCUUCAGUGCCUGUAUUGCGUCAGUGUUCAGACCAUCAGCACCCUGUUUCCCUUGUACGCUGGCUUCAAGACAGCAGGCAGUGUGCUCUACAUGCCUCUGUAUGCAGUGUUCAAUGUGUAUACACUCAUGAUGACGUGCGUCCUUGUCAGCAGUUGCCUUGUAAUCGUGAUACCUCUGUGUCCCUCCUUCUGGUUGGCUGCAGCUGCAAGUUCUGGGUUAGGACUAACUGGUGGUGUUGUAAACAGCGCAAGAGUUGCCAAAAUUGGGGAAUUUGGUCAAGAGAAAGCCACACCCUUCCACUUGAUGGGGAUAGCAAUGUGCACUGGAAACAUCCUAGGACCGUUGAUUAUCUCACCUUUCCUCACCAACACAACCUGCCAAAGCGAGGCUAUCAACAUCACAAGUGACUUCGUCAUGACGCCAAUCGAAUUACGAAGCUCAGAGUCAAACAUAGCAUAUGCAUAUGUGAGCUUUGCAUCAUUCGGAGCACUUCUAGUUGUCUUCUUGGCUGUUUUACGUUAUCAUCUAAGAAAGAGCUCCAAUAAGGAUUCACACCAGAAGAACAAAUAUACCUUUGGAAAACUGAAUAAUGUAUUUGUGAGCUUGCAAAUAUUUAUCAUAUUCAUAGGAGGUGCCGCAAACUUCGUAUACGGUACCCAACUCUUGCUAUUUGGAACCAGAAGCAAUCUCAAAAUAUCUAAGACAAUAAUGUCACUGAUGACGUCAUCGUUUUAUGCGGUCACAUUGUUAGGGCGUGUCGUAGGCGUACUUGUAAGCUUAGCAGUGUCACAAGCAUGUUUAGUCACAUCGUGUUUGGUCGGAAGUUUAGUUGGAUCAGUUUUUCUAGUAUUUACUGCAGAAAAAAGUGUGGAAUUCUUAUGGGCAGGGUCCCAUUUUCUUGGACUAUUUUAUGCUCCGUUAUUUGCUGCUCUCCUGGCAUGGUGUGGAGAAAAUGUUACACUGAAUCAUACGUUGUACGUCAUCGUUAUACUAUUUGACUUGGCAGGAACAUCAUUGAUAGCUCUUAUUAUUGGACAAAUGAUGUGUGACAUUGAACCACAUAUGCUCCAUUAUUCCAUGGUGACUAUAGUUGUUAUACAGAUAAUGGUAUUCCUCUGUCUCUUCGUUAUCGCAAAGUGGAUACGAAAAAAGACGGAAGGCGAACACACAUCCCUUACUGCUGCAGGAAGUGGAUAAGAAACACCGAUGUUCUUCUGGGUUACAAUUGGUCCUCAGCAACCCAUGCUUGUUGUAAGGGGGUCGGUUGGUGAACAUCGCUGACUUGGU